ACAAGGCCUGAGACUGGAUCUUGCCCACCAACCAUCGAACCACACUUCACAGUUCACACAUCAUCACGAGGGGCCGUAGCAUCCUCGGCGAAUCUCAGCCAUGGCGGAGCACUCUAUAGCUCCAGUCACCCAGGCGCGCUGCCCAGCGCACCCUCCUCGCCUCCGGCCGCCGCAACCGGCCGCCGCUGCCGGAGUCGACGCCAACUCCUUCAGCUGCAGAUAUCGCCGCCGCUUCCUUGGCCCCCUCCUCCGCGCGCCGAUGGCCGCCGUGGACCCGCCGCCGCGCGGCGAGGCCGCGCCCGCGCCCGCGCCCGUGCUGAAGCGGAGCACCAGCAUCGACCGGAUCCCUGAGGACGCGCGCCGCAUCCUGCACCGCCUCGCCGGCGACCUCUGGGGCAGCGACGUGGACCCCAGCGCGCUCACCGUGUCCCAGCUCAAGGGCGCCAUGACCAACGAGGUCUUCCGGAUCACCUGGCCCGGCGGCGAGGGCGACCCGCGCAAGGUGCUCGUGCGCAUCUACGGCCGCGGCGUCGAGGUCUUCUUCGACCGCGCCGACGAGGUCCGCACCUUCGAGUGCAUGUCGCGCCACGGCCAGGGGCCCCGCCUCCUCGGCCGCUUUGCCAACGGCCGCGUCGAGGAGUUCAUCUACGCCAGGACGCUCUCUGCGGCGGAUCUGCGCGACCCGGAGAUAUCCGCGCUGAUUGCCAAGAAGCUGCGGGAGUUUCACGAUCUCGACAUGCCUGGACCUAGGGAUGUGUCAUUGUGGCAGAGGCUCAGGAGGUGGCUUGAGGAGGCUCGUGGCAGGUGUUCUGAGCAAGAGUUUAACCAAUUUCAGCUGGAUAAGCUAGGCGAUGAGAUUGCAGUGCUGGAGAAGACGCUCUCGGGGGUCGAACAGUCCGUAGGAUUUUGCCAUAAUGAUUUGCAGUAUGGGAAUAUUAUGAUAGAUGAAGAGACCAGACAAGUCACCUUGAUUGACUAUGAAUAUGCGAGUUUUAACCCAAUCGCAUUUGACAUUGCUAAUCACUUUUGUGAGAUGGCUGCUGAUUACCAUACAGCAACACCACACGAGUUGGAUUUUACAAAAUAUCCUGGCAUUGAGGAACAGAGAAGAUUUGUUCAGACAUACCUUUGCUCUGCAGGUGAAAAGCCAUCAGAUGGGGAAGUUGAAAAACUACUAGGGUUGAUUGCAAAGUACACUCCUGCAAGCCAUCUCUUUUGGGGCCUGUGGGGAAUAAUCUCGGCACAUGUAAACAAUAAUAUCGACUUCGAGUACAAGGAAUAUGCAAGGCAACGCUUGGAUCAGUACUGGCAAACAAAGCCUGGAAUGCUUGGGCCCAACUGACUAGUCAUUGUUUUGGGGGUCCUUGGCUAGCUAGUCCUGUGAAUUCUGUUUGUCAUUAGCGGCUAGUAGCUGCCAGUUUUUUACUACAGUUUGUUCAGCUCGUUGUGACUUGUGACCAUAUUCUUGGCUUAGAGUACGCGAUCUGUAAUUAAUGUCUACCCAGUAGCCUUACACGGUUCUGAACAAAAUUCCUGGCUGACAGUUCGGAUCGUUUUGCGGUUCAACUGAUUGCUAUUCUGACAAUUUUCAUAUGCGGUCAUGUGAUCAAGGUAUGGCAUGGCGGCAUGUGAUUUGCAUGUUGCUUAUUGAGAUGCA